UCCCAUCCGCGCAUCCAACCGCAGAGCAGAGCAGAACUAGCCGUUGCCCAACCAACACUCUGCUUCCGUCCUUCCUUCUCUCCCCCAUCGCCGCCCGCAUCCAUCCCCCGCCCGUCCCCUGAUCCCGCCUCCGAUGGACUCCUCCGCGGCGUCGUCCCUCGCCGUCAGCCCCGCCUCCGACGACCGCUUCUGGGACGGCCUGCGCACCCGCGUCGACACCAUCCUCGAGGACCGCCGCCUCGUCGCCUCCGCCGCAUCCACGUGCGCGGUGGCGUCCGGGCGGCCGAAGCGGCUCCGGGAGGACUCGCUGAUGCUGGUCCGCGGCCUCGACUCCGUCGCCGCGUCCCUCGCGCAGCUCUCCGACACCCUCACCGCCGCCCAGAAGGGCGUGAACGCUCUGGCCAUGUGCUCGUCCCAGGCGAGGGAGCGCGAGAGGGGAGAGGAGGAGCCCGACGCGAAGCGCCACUGCCGCGCCUCGACGGAGUUCGCGGCGCUGGUCGCCCAGAAAGAAGUCGCCGGCGAAGCUCUGGGCAACGCGGCCGCGGCCGCGGACGCGAAGCCGCGUGAGGAGCCCAGCGGCGACGUCGUCCUGGCCUCCGCCGAGGUCGCGCAGAGCACCAACCUGAAGCGGGCGCGCAGUCUGGCGGUGUCGAUGGCGGGCAGGGCGGCGAACCUGGCGCGGGAGCUGACGACCAUCAAGUCGGAGCUGCGGUUCAUGCAGGAGCGGUGCGGGCUGCUGGAGGAGGAGAACAGGCGGCUGCGGGACGGCUACGACGACGGCGGCGCCGGCGCCGCCCCCGAGGAAGACGACCUGGUUCGGCUGCAGCUGGAGGCGCUGCUGGCGGAGAAGUCGCGGCUGGCGCAGGAGAACGCGAACCUGGCGCGGGAGAACCAGAGCCUGGUGCAGCUGGUGGAGUACCACCAGCUCACCGCCCAGGAGGAGGAAGAAGAAGAGCUGGAGGACCACCUCCUCACCGCCUCCUACGAGGAGGCCGUCAUGCAGGGGAUGCGGCUCGACUUCUCGUCGCCGCUGGGCAAGCUCGACGGCGAGGGCGAGUUCGACGGGGUCCCGGCCACGCCCGGCAGCAAGCUCGGCGUGCUGGUGUCACCUGACGAGUAGACGGAUGCCCGGGACCGGGGGGGAGAAUGAGCUGCUGGGUGGUGUGUUCCAAUGGUGGAAUUUCUUCGGCAUGGUUCGGCUUUUACAGUUGUUUUGCGGUUGCGUGCUUCAGUUUGAGCACUCUCUCCGGGACUCUUUUUUUAUCCAGAUCCAGAUUCAGAGGCUUCAGCGCCUCAGAUAGUAGAAACUGUGUUGUAACUGCACAGAUUAUUAGCAUGUCCGAUGCUCUC